UUCAAUUUUCCAAAUUUUGGGAUUUUUCACUGUCAGAAAACGCAUUAUUUCAUGGUUUCUGCUGGCAGCAAUGCUGUCAAAGGAAGAGCAACAGAAAUGUGGGGAGUUGCUGAAACGAGUGGAAAUAGAUGAUAUAUUUUCACUGGCUAAAACCGUCUCGGGUGGCGUUGUAAUGGUUCAAACUAAACCUGAUGCAAUUGAUGCCAUUUUGAAAUUUACAGACACAUCAGCACAAUUACUUGGCAGGAAAAAAGUCAAGAGGAACAUCUUGAUCCAAUACCUUGUUGAUAAUGGUGUAACUGGCUGCGUCAAUGAAGAAAAGACAAAGCUCAUUAACAGAAUCCUGACACUCUGGGGACUGCAUGGACCUCUUGCUAGACUUGACGACGAAUAUGGUGACAUUGAUGAUUAUGGUGCUGACAUUGACUUUACUCCACCUGCACCAGUCCAACAGAUGCAAGAUACUGUACCAAACCUGACCAUUAAUAUACAGCACAUCCAGCAAAAUCCAAUACAAAAUGUUCAAAAUGAACCACUGCCACUGGAAGUUGAUAUAGGACAGCAAAUAGCUGAACAAUUUGUGCAGUGGUUUUAUCCUAUUUUGAAUUCGUUACACCCACAUGCUCCAGUAGCAGCAACAGACUUUGGACCACAGCAUUUCUGGGAUGAUUGUAUUUUGAAAUUGAAGUGCCAAACAAAUGAUUUCUUUGAGGAACGCUUUGAAUCAGCAUACAUGGUUUUUCAGAGGCUUGCUGCCUUCGUUCGUGAAGAAGGCCUCUUGUUUCACCCGAAUACAGUUGGAAAUGGUGUGAAGGGUUUUUCAGAAGCCCAUGGAUUGACAGUGGUGAUGGUGUGUGGGAGUGUACAUCAGGACAAUAUUUGUGUAGGUUUAUUUGAACAGAGAUUUGGUUUAAUACAGGAUCCUUUAAUGGAGAACAACUAUAGAGUAAAGUACACAGACUUAAAUCUGCGAAGCCCAACUUUGAAUGCUGGCGGACAAUAUCUCACAGCAGGACAGGAAGAUCCUCUAUCUUUAACUCCUGCUCCAUCACAAAACGUACUAGUGAAUUUUCAAUAAUUUUCAUCUUACAUACACCGUAUGUACAUUUUUGUACAAUUUGUUUGUUAUGUGGAUUGUGAUGAGCGUGUACUGCAGUGUCUUGUCAAUUUCAUCCAGGACUGGUAUGGUACAUUGACUCAAACCUGUGCCAAGAAUUGUGUGAUUGUUCAUUAUGUUACAGUGUACAUGUUUGUGUAGGUUUCGUACUCGUAGCUGAUUUUGAAUCAGAGUUAGUUCUAAUUUUGAUGAGAAAGUGCCUUUAGAUGUGCUAUCUUAGUGUUAAAGGACUUGCAUGGUAAAGCCAUUUUCCUGGCCAGUGGAAAAAUAUCUGCCAGAAAAACCAGGUGGCGGUACUAGUAAGAGUCUGGGAUCCUGACAAAUGCCUGGCCCUCUUCUUUGAUGUUGAUGCCCUUGUAACUGAAAGCCCAGGCUGACAAAGUUUGCUUCAACUAUUAAAUAACUGGUCCCAAGGAAUGUGUGAAGGCCAAAGAGCAAUGCAGACUCACGUCAUCAUUUUCAUUCACAUUGGUCUCUCAGUCUUCUUACUUCUUGUCUGUCUUUCAGUUGUGUGAAAUCUUUAUUUUUAAAAAACGAUCCGAAAUGUUAAUACUGAUUAUCCUGCAGCAAUAGCUGUCUGUUACCUCCUAUGGAGGUCAGUGACAAUCAUUAAUUUCAGCAGGACAUGAUACUUGGAUUAUUGUACAAGUGUAAUCACAAGUGAUGUCUUGAAUAACAAGAUUUUCAGCGUUGAUUGUAAAUGUAAUCACUCGAAUGACAACUGUGCAUACAGAACAAAGUCAUUUGAUGUUUCUCAGUCAGUCUUUAUAUUGUGAUCCAGGAUUGUACAUGUCUAACAUUUUUAACAUGUGCGCAUUUGUAAAUCUUCGAAAUAUGUAAUUCAUUUCUACACUAUGUGCUAACGUUACAUCUAUACCAUAAAACUCUCAUGUUACAUUACACUU